GGUCUCCUUGAUUAUUAUGAUCAGUGAGCAAGCUAGUUGUGCGUUCUAUGAAUCGUAAUGAUCCAACCUGUACCGCUAAGCAAAUUUAAAUUCUUUACAUCGUCCAGUCAGUGAAAAUGUGGGAGUUCCUGAGGUCGGUUCGCAAAUCACGUUUACCUCCAAAAUGAUCAGUUUUAGAGUAAAUUUGUGCCAAAUUAGUGUUAUUAUUUAUUAUAUUUAGUUAUGUUAUUGAAACAACAUCAGAAUGUUUUUACUUUUGUGUUUUAUUUGUACAGUGAAAGCAAUAGAAUGGGAAGCACCGACACCAUAUGACCCGGUCUGGUUUGCAAGUCUACAAACCCACGCGUCUGUUCCUUCCCUGAAUGAAACCCGGUUUUGGUGGGGUUGGGUGAACGAUCAAGACGUCAAGUUCAGAUUAUUUACGAGGCGAAAUCCUUUUGAAUACCAAAUGCUGAAAGUAAAUGAUUCAUCGUCAUUACGCAACUCGAAUUUUAAUUUCAACAAUAAGGUGAAAGUUUUGACCCAUGGUUGGUUGAAUCAUGGCGAUAGUCCUAUGCCCGAGUCUAUUAAAGAAGCCUAUCUAAACGUAAGUGAUAUAAACAUAAUAGUUGUUGAUUGGGGAAACGCAGCGAAUGUAAAUUAUAUCCUGGCUAGUUACAAUGUCGCCAUGGUUGGGCGAGUACUAACACAGUUCCUGAAUUUUCUAAUCACCGAGGGUGUUUCCAUGGAUAAUGUGCAUCUAAUAGGCCAUAGUUUAGGUGCACACGUUGUUGGUAUAGCUGGAGCUUACGUGAAUCAAGGGCCCAUAGACACAAUUACAGGUUUGGAUCCAGCAUUACCACUUUUUACGGUUGGGAAUAAAGAUGCUCGGUUAGACAAGCAUGACGCGAGACAUGUGGAGGUAAUACACACCUGCGGAGGAUAUUUGGGAUUCGCGUCACCUCUUGGCCACAUAGACUUCUACCCGAAUGCUGGCACUCGACAGCCCGGCUGUGGAAUUGACUAUCGAGGUUUAUGUGCACACAAUCGAGCCCAUAUGUUUUUCGCGGAAUCCAUAAUAUCAAAUGUAGCUUUCGUUGGAGUUCGAUGUAAGGACUAUGAUGAAUUGUAUUACUCGGGCUCAUGCAAAGGCACUGGGGAGACGUUGAUCAUGGGCGGAUUCGACAUUCAUUACGGGAAAGACGGAAUCUACUAUCUAAAAACGAAUGCCGAACCUCCCUACGCUAUAGUGGACCCCACCUGAUUCAUACAAUAUUAAUAUCACCCUCAAACUCUGUAAAUAAAAAUUUCAUCUACAAAUAUAUCGAUGCAAAAAUGUAUCUAACCAAUAUCUGUUCAUCUAAGUACUCAUUCUCUUUGUCACAUGGUAUUUGAGUUGUGAUGAAAAGAGAUCUGUGCUUUAAACACGGUAUAUUUCCUUAAAUAAAAUAUGGCAAUUAUUGAUGAUUAAUAUGUACAAUAUUAUUAAUUUAAUUAUCAUUAAUGACAUCAAAACGCGGCUUGAUCCUUUGGCGUUGCGUAGAGAUGUGGGGUCACUCUGCAUCUUCUACCGCAUUUAACACGGAGAGUGUACAGUUAUUCGGAUUAAUCAGCUGAGAUUCAUCAUCGGACGUCGAGGCAAAAUACGAAAUUCCACCCGUAUCACCUCGACGUCCGCCGUUCCACAACUGAGCGUGUUCCAAAGCAGUUUAGGCAGUGCACCACCACUAUGUGGAACCAGCUGCCCACUGAAGUAUUUCCGAACCAAUUCGUCCUUCAAGAAAAGAGCGUACCAAUUCUUAAAAGGCUGGCAACACAGUCGCGCGCUAUCAUUUAACAUCGGGUAAGCCUACUGCCCGUUUGCCCCCUGUUUUUUAAAAAAAAACUCACAAUUGGUUUACGAGUAGCCAAUGUCAGGGCAGGCUGUAGUCCAAGGUUAAAAAUUUAUUUUGUUGCGACAGCAAAUGGGUCGCGGCUCGACUUAAUAAUUUACGUGGCCUGCUUUCAUUUAGAUGAUUAAACCUUCAUCAGCUCUUAAAUUAUACUAAAAAAUCCACUUCAGUUAUGUUCGUAAUGUUUUACGUUUCAUAAUAAUUCAUGACGUUGUAUAUUUAAUCAGCUUUUUGGACUGUCUUAUUUUAUAUCUUAUAAAGGGAGAUUAUUUAUU